AUUCUGCUCUUCAACAAACGCUUGAUCGACACGAUAAGCACUGAAACAAUUCUUCAAGUGACGAAUUGAAUGCGUAAUCCAUCAAUCGGAACUCGUCAACAAUACUAUUCAAAGAAAAAAGUAUCUACCUUUUGUGUGUGUCCAAAGUGGAAAUAGAAAUCCACUCCUUUGACACAAUCCAGCUAGUCUUUUCUUUGCCUUCCUAACUUGUGAGUUGUAGGGAACAACUCAUAAUACUCAAAUCCCUUUUCCUGUCGAAAGAGCAUCCUAACGUGAAUAGCCCAUAUCAGAAGACACGUAAGCAGGAAGAAAAGUCAAAAGACAAACAGAUAGAAACAAAGAGAGGAACUCCGUGUACUACGUGGCAGAUGACGACAAGAAGAGGUUUCGCUAAAUUUGCCACGCUGGAUAGGCAUGCGGCAGGCUGUGAUUGAAUAGUCAGCAAUCAGCAUCUUUUGAAAACAACUAGACAACCGGCCCAAGGUUUGGCCUCUCGACCGAACCUCCCGCUUCGGGACACUCCGAACCAACAUUUCUGGUUCGGAUCCGCCCGCCCUAUAAAUUCGCUAGCGGACCUUCAUUUGACGAAGAACCCCAUCAUCGCCUGCUCAUUCUCCGGCCAGUCAGCUGCUUCGUCGCCGGUCGGUUUUGAUCAUCGCGCUCACUUAACAGGUACCAGAUCUAAGUUUCUCUCCUUAUCUCUCCUUGUUUCGAGGAUUCGAUUCGAUCAUCUGUUUGGUUGCGGAGAACAGGGGAAAGGGAGAAUUAGAGAGAGUGAUCCAUUCUUCUGGAAUUCCGGUCGUGUGAUUUUAUCGCUGAACAAACGGUUGGUUGAUCGCGAGGGUCUCCGAUCUUCGGCGAUGUUCAUUUCUGGUGUUCGAUUGUGACCUUUUUUUAGGUCGUAGUUCUUGCUUUGGAUGAAUAGUGGAUCUUUCAGCUGCCAUCGUAGUCCGGGGGACGAAAAAUACUUUGAAUUUUGAGUUGGAAUUUGUACCAGACUUUUCAAAGUAGAUUAGGUUGGAAUUUAGUUGGACAGGGUUGAGAUUCAUUCCUUUUGACCUGAUCUGAUAGAUGGAAAUGAUUCGAUUGAUAUGAAAAUUGAGAGAUCUCCAGCGAUUUGUUGUCUUUCUGAAUUUGAUCGUCGGGUUUGGGAUAGUGUUCCCAAGUAAAGAUUCAAACUUUGAAUUGUUGGUUUUCCAGGACAGAGAGAUUACGAGAAGUCGAGGAGAAGAAACCAAACAUGGCGGCAGUGGUAUCAGGAGGAAGGUCAACACUAAACCCGGAUGCUCCUUUGUUCAUCCCAGCUGCUUACAGGCAAGUGGAGGACUUCUCCCCGGAAUGGUGGCAGCUGGUGACGACCACAACAUGGUUCAAGGACUACUGGCUCAGCCAGCACCAGGAACAGGAAGGCUACUUCAACAAUGUUGCUGAGGAGGACUAUGACGUGGCCGGCUUGCUGCCCGAUACGUUCGAUCUCGAUGUGGUUGGGGAAGAUUUCUCUUCCUUCGAAGUUCAGUUCGACGAGUUUUUGGAGUCGUAUGAGACGGAGAAGAGAUCGCCUCGAGCUCUACCCUCCUAUGGAAAUGGGUAUGGAAUUGGAGGUGGAGCAUCAGGGAUUGAUGUAGGCUUCAGGGCAGGGAUCACUGCAGCCGUGGGGAGCUCGAAGUUCGGCUAUUAGAAGGUGAUGAAUGUUGAUGAAAUGAAGUCUUUGUUCGGAGUCCCCAAACCACCAGUUUCAGCAGCAAUGUCAGUCAGUAGAAGGAGAGGACUAUUUAGUUUGGUGUAGCUUUUUAAACUUUCUGGGUUUGGGUUUAAACGUGGUGUCUUCUGUAUAGAGUAAAGAGGCAUUGCAGCAGCAAGUCUCUUUGUUGUAUCAAGUACUGGUCCCUUUCUGUUGUUGUCUUUGGUUUCCUUUGACCAAAAGGAAACUCUAACGAGCCAAAACAAGCAAUAGGAAGGAAAAAAUGUAAAUUUUCUUU